AUGUCCCCUUGUACACUAUGCCAGCCCUACAGUUAUACGUUCGGUGGCGGGGGCAGUGACGGCGGCAGUGACGGCGGCAGUGACGGCGGCAUAGGCCGUGGUGAUGACGGCGGUGACGGUGGUGGUGAUGACGGCGGCGGUGGUGGUGGCGAUGGCCGGGGCGAUCCAGCAGUAGCAGCAAUAGCAAUUCUAGACUCACUCAGAGGGGGUGGGGGUGGUGGUGUCGGGGACGGGGUGUUCGAGCAACAGCGUACGGAUACUUGGAUUGCUGUCGCGGUCACGGUCACAGAAGAUAAGGCAGGCGAGCCAAGGUAUAUGCCAGUAGUACUUGCCUAUUUCAGGAGGCAGGAUAAAGACGACCCCAACGUGGCUCCCACCCCAAGGCCAAGGUUUCAAUUCGUCAAAGUCAGCCAUUUGAUGGACAAGACACUUGCACAAUCAUCAACCAUGAGUGCAACAUCAUCACUUUCGAGUGCAACAUCAUCACUUUCGAGUGCAACAUCAUCACUUUCGAGUGCAGAAUCCUUAACCACGGGCGCAGAAUCAUCAGCUACAUCUACGCCUGUAGACAAACCUCGCUGCACGCACUAUAUCCCCUGCCACUGUCCCUCGCUUCCCAAGCACGCUUCUCCGCCGCUGGGAGAUGAAUCGUCUCCAUUGUGGCUGCGAAAACCUCACGAAGACGAAGACCAUAACAAGACUAUAAUCGAGCGUACGCAAAGCUCGAAUUAUCGCCGGAUAGCGGCCGCCUGGCACGAUGCGCGGUUAGCUAUCAAGAUUGGUCGUCCAUUAACACCACCCAAAGUACGAUCAUUCCAAUGGCUGAUAUCAGCUGAUCUUACUCCCCGGGGAUAUGAAGAUGUUGGACAAGCGCCAUGGCGCAUGCUUAUACGGUCCUACAUUGCGGAUCUCCCUAGGCAAUUGGUUGCAGGAGACAUCAGUUAUAAGUCUGUGUAUUUAUGGAAAAACUAUCCAAGACAUCUAGGCCAACUGUAUAACCGCACAGAGCUUGACAGCGCGCCUCCUGAGAUAACGUGCGGGAGACGAGCAGUCUUCUCCCAAUAUAAGAAGGAUUAUAAUCGCAGCUUAAUUGGAGACUGGCUUGUUAUAGUCUAUAUUUGGGCCACUGAUAAAACAUGGAUGGAGAGGACUAAAAACUUUCUAGACUUGGUCUCUCAUGAUAGUGUGACUAGUAUUCGCGCUUGGGAAUUUGUUAAUGCAGUUGACGCUCCUACUAAGGUUCCACACCUAUUCUACCAAUGUCAAAGAAGGGGCUCUGUAGAGCAGGAUGCUGUAUACGCUGGGCAACCAUACCAACACUAUAACUCUGUUCAGAUAAAGCCUGGAGACCCUAUACCAGCUAGACUCGCGGGACUGAGAAGUUUGAUGAACGGGCGGGCAAGACAUUUGUAUUGUGCGACAUAUGAAUUCGAAGAGUGUCAUGACAGGCACUCAUAUAAGCGUGCCCCCUAG